AUGAAAGUGAAUCACCUCCAAAAAUUUGAAGAUGAGCUGCUGGAUAAAGUAAAAGCGUGGUUGGUUGAUCCAGAAACCGAUAAUCAGACAAAGGAUGUACAUCUUUGCCAAGCAAAGAAGGAUAUGUUUGUUAGAGUUAUAACAAGGUUGAAAUGGCUUGAAGACACUGAAAUCGAUGCAUUCUGCCAUCUAUUGCGGAAAAGGAUUUCUGACUAUCCCAAGACAUAUAAAAAUCCGCAUGUGGCAAUAGGGGAUUGCGUAUUGUCGGAUAGAAUCAGGCGAGAGCACAGGGCUUUUAUUAAGGAUCCUGCAAACUAUCCAGUCGUCGAAUUCAAAGACUAUUAUAUGGGCGCACCACAUAGAUAUAUGCCCGAAUGGUCAACAAUUGACGAUGUCUACAUGCCUGUGAACAUUAACCAGAAACACUGGAUUUUGUGUGUAGCACGUCUUCAAAAGUACCGCAUUGACGUGUACGACUGUGAUGCCUAUCUUUAUAAGAAUCUGGAUCCUUAUUUGAAACCCUUCUGCGACAUGAUUCCACAUAUAUUCGCAAAGACAAUCACUCCUGGUGAGAGGGUAAGGUAUCCUAAAUUCAACUUCGAAGGCCCCAUCCAACCAAUGACUUACAAACGGUUACCACACCCCAAAGUGAAAACCGUUGCAGCUAAGGUUGGAGAAGUCCCACGGGCAACAGAGAGCGGGGUCUGUGGGGUAUUCACUCUAAUGUAUAUGGAACACUUGACCGCUAAUCAAGCCGUGCACAAUGUGACCUCAGAAAACAUGGAGUUUUUUAGGCAGAAGAUGGCGGUCAGGUUAUUCCAUUAG